CUUUCAGAGUAGAUUUAUUUUCACAAACAUUAUUGAAUUACAGUAUUUUCUAAAAAUAAAUGAAACGAGUGAAAAAUCGAAAUAUACUAGUAUUAAUAGUAAAUAUAUGUUGCUAAAGAUAUAAAAACGGACUAGAGAAGUCAUUAUCAAGAAAUGUCUGACGAUAUACGCGACUAGACGAUCAGCGUAUCGUCCGCUUCAAUAUUUUAAAUUGUUGUAAAAUAUAUUUUGUUCACCCUUUCAAAUAGUGGGCCAUUCCAAGAAGUUUUUACCGUAUAUGGCGAUUUCCCCUUCGACCUGAUGAGUCACAUUACUUUAUUUGUAAGAAGCCUUCGCCAUGUUGUUUUAUUUCAACCAAUCAAAUUCAACUUCCACACGCCCUGCGUAACAGAGGUUCGACAGGCAACAAGGAAUUCAGCCAUAACGUAAGUAAUCUGUAUUGUCUUUUGAUUUAUUAAUAGAAAUGAUUCAGUACCAAUUUUAUUAUAUAUUUCCAAUAUUUUGUUGAAUGUUUAAAGAUUUUUAGUCUCCUGUUGAAAAUAAAGUGAGCGUGAUAGGAAGUAGUCCACUGACAAGAAGGAGCCAUCUUGGAUUUACUUUGCCGGUAUAAUUUUGGAACUAAUUUGAACAUUCGAGAUGUCUUCUGGAAUAGAAUUUCCCAAAGAAUUAGAAACUCAAUUUGAGAAACUCAAAAUGGGCAAGGCACACAGAUAUUUAUCCAUUAUAAUCAGCUCGAAAUCAGUUGAGGGUAGUAAUAAAACGACAGAAGUUUUUGAGGUGGAAAAAAUGCCUGCGAAAAAUUGUCCUAAUGAAGAUCCAGAAGGAUGUUUACAAGAAUUAAUGGAAUUGCUUCAAGAUAAUCAAUGUAGAUUUGUAGUUUUUCUCAUGAGUGCUCCAAAUAUUGCGGGUAUAUUGAAGGAAAACAUAUUCUUUGUUCAGUAUGUUCCAGACUGUGCUUCGAUAAAAAAGAAAAUGUUGUAUACAGCCAGUGCUGAUGUACUUAAACAGCGUUUCGAGGGUGUAACUAUAAUUCAACUAAACGAUCUUAGUGAUUGUAAAUCAGAACUCUUUUUAUCAAAAAUUAGAAUGUAGAUGGACACCAAGCUGUACUGUGAGAGACAAUCUUCUAAAUUUCUUUUGUAAUUCAUCUGACUAUAUACAAGUGCUGUAUCCAACAUGGAGUUUCAUGCAAUAGGACAUUUUUUUAUGUUCCAGAAUUAUUUGACUGUUUUUCAGCUUGACACAAUUACGUAUUAUCACUUACAGAAUGACUGUACGUGGGAAACUUGAGUUUUUUUUUAAAUCUUGACUUCGGCAAAAAACACGAUGUCAUGUCAUACAUAGAUCACAUUGUAUUUGACCAGAAAGGCAGAGUAUGAAAAUAUGCCUCAUUUUAUCGUUGUUUCAUCAAAAAUCAUUAAGCUCCAUUGUUGUGAGGAAACAUGACAAGAAAUUUACAUCACUACUUGUUGCAAGUGUUGGGGGUAGAAAUAAAACACCUGGCCCCCGUUUAUCAAAAUAUCGUAGAUUAACGUUGGAGAGUAAAUGUUAAUUUUAACAUUUUUCUUCACUUAACGAGCAAGUUUAGUUGUACGAAUAUUUGAGAAACGGGGAGCUGCCCUGUAUUAGUAAAAAUCAUGUAUUUAUGAAUUACAAAAUAUUACAAUCUAAUCUGUAAUGGCACAGUACUGAAAAUUCUUGCUUUAUCAUUGCUUUGUGCUUUAUUUUUCUGUAAAAACAUUUCUGUUUUAAUUAUGAAAUAAUGAGAUUGGCUCGCCAUUUGUAUAAAAGCUGAAAAACCGUUGGAUUUUGUAAUAUUAUUGAACAAAGUUGUAAUAUUG